CUAGUUGCGGACCCUUGAAAGCGGAAACGACUCACCCUAGAAACGCGUCUUCAAGCCGUUACACUUGUAAUAUAAAUACCCAUCAAACCCUAAUACUUCCUUCACCCACCACAGUCACAGUCGUUCAAUUGUCUUCGCCUCUACAAUAUCUCAAAUCGUUUCCUUCGUCUUUCUUCACCUCUUAAUCUAUGGCUUCCUACACCGCUGUGUUGAUUCUUAUGGCUACAUUGUUGGUUGCUUCCACUGUCGCUCAAGCUCCAGCCUCAUCUCCGACCAGAUCGCCGGUUGCAUCUCCACCUAAGUCUUCUCAGUCUCCGUCUCCAGCUGUGUCUCCAGCGGUUUCUCCUUCUGUGCCUGUGAACAAUGCUCCUUCCCCUUCUCCUUCCGUCGUCAACUCUCCACCAUCUCCUCCUCUUUCUCCCGCCGCCACUCCUGCUGUCACUCCAUCAGCGAUCUCUUCACCAUCUGAAGCACCAUCGCCUUCCCAGAACAGUGCCGCUUUGAACAGAUUCACCGUCGCCGGAUCUGCCGCUGUCGUGCUUUUCGCUGCUGCUUUGAUGAUGUAGAGAUUUAAUUUUACCUUUUAAUUUAAUUUAUUUAGUUUUUAACUAUGGAUCGUGAACCUUACCUACAUUUUGCUCUGUUUGGAUCGAUUUGUUCGAUGAUUCCUUUAUUCUCUUAUUGUGUAAUUUAAUUAUUAUUUUAAUGAGUGAUAUAUUAUUUUCUCUUCA